CUGCUUCCAGUUUCUCUCUUCAUCCUUCGAGAGUUUCGAGGGGUUUCUUUGCCCAUUGAGGUGGUAUCUGUUUUCCUUUCAAUGCGACGACCAGUUUCCCUUUCCCCUCGCGUUUCGUGUCUUCCCUGUUGUGGAAAACCAGCUCUUCGCGGGAUUCUGAAACGAUAGGUAGACCCUAAACUGCCUUCACCACCUAACUAGCCUAACUUGACAGCCGGCUUUGGCACUGGAAGACGCUCCUUCCCUGAUUCUCCCGCCCUGAUUCUCCCGCCCUGAUUCUCCCGCCCUGAUUCUCCCGCCCUGAUUCUCCCGCCCUGAUUCUCCCGCCCUGAUUCUCCCGCCCUGAUUCUCCCGCCCUGAUUCUCCCGCCCUGAUUCUCCCGCCCUGAUUCUCCGGCGAUCGCUUUCCGAUUCCUGCACAUCAGCCAGUGCGUUUUGCUUACCUCCUCGCGUUCAACGUGCCUCGCUGAACUUGCCUGGCACGUCUGACAGCUCCCGUCAUCUGUUUCUAUCGCUGCCACGCCUCUCCCCGCAAGCUCGUCGUUUGGAGAUCCCUAGGGCAGAUGAGGGGGGGGUUUGAGGACGCGGACGCGCAGGGCGGUCGCCGAUGGGGGGUUGGUAGCAGCAGCGGCAGCAGCAGCACCGCGGACGGAACAGGAAUGGACGGCGGCACCACGGGAUACGAAAGAGGCUUCGGCGGUGGCUUUGGUGCCGUUGGUGGCGGCGGCGGCGGUGGCGGGUUGAGGUCGCACCGUUCCGUGUCGUUAGAUCCCAGGCAAGCGAUUCCCGAGGAUUGGAUAGACAGGAGCGGGGAUAUCGGCGAUAGCUUCGGCGAUUGGGGAGGGUACGGCGGAGGGGGAGGGGGAGCGGGACCGGGGGGAGGAGGAGGAGGAGGCGGGGGAGCUUCCGGCGCGAGGGCGGGGGGAAAGCGGGAUUCGUGGACCGCGUGUCCGUAUGCUCCCGGGGAUGUGAUUCUAGUGAAGUGUUCCAAGACGAGGUGGUGCUAUGGCGAGGUGCUGAAGGUGACGGAGGACGGCGUGCGGCUGUGGGUGGACGCCGUUCGCAGCCGCAUCGACGUGCCGCUCUCGCUCGUCUCCUCGCACCUCUCCUCAGACCUCUCCGCAGUUCCGGGCGACGCGAGAGACGGCAGAGAUGGCAGAGACGCGAGGGACGCGAGGGACGGCAGCAGGGAUGGUAGAGACGCGGAGACGUACUCGUCCGGGUUUUCGGGCAGCAGGGAUGGCAGUGCGAUGGGAGACGAUGGGGCGCCGUCGGCGGGCGUGGCAGGGCGACACGGUCACGGGGGUGCUGGCAAAAGGGGCUCCGCGCACCAUGCGAGCAGGACCGCGCAAAGCGGACGCGCAGGCGCAGGCGCAGCGGGAAACGGGGGAGGCGCAGGCGCGGCGGCGAUGGGGACGUGCUCGACGUGCACGCUGGCGAUCCGCGAGCUGCCGGUGGUGGGGUGGGAGUGCGGGCACAAGUCGCACUUCGCGUGCGUGGGGCGGCGCCUGAGCAAGGGGCUCACGGACUGCGCCUUCUGCCUCACCGUCAAGCCGCAUGCAAGGGGCGCGGUGGACGCACUGCUUGAGGAGGUGUGGUUCUGGUGUGUGUGCGGGCACCACUGCACCAUCGACGCCCUCGAGGAAGACCCCACCACCAAAAGCUUCUGCUGCCCGCUCUGCCAGUACGACCCAUGGAGCACCACCAAGACCAAUGGCCUUGUGUCCCACCGCAGCCUGGGCGUUGGCGUGGACGUUUCCUCCCACACCCACCACUCCUCGCACCAGCACCAGCACCAGCAGCAGCAUCACCACUACCCUCCCCAGCACCCACCUCAGCCCUAUCCAGUCUCCCAACAGCAGCAACAGCAGCAGCAGCAGCACUACCAUUCUACCGCCCUGCCCCCUGCCUCUGCUUCUCCCUCCGCCCCUUCCUCCUCCCGCUCCCUCUACGCCAACCGUGCCUCUGGCCUCUCCGACCCAGACCUGACGUACCUCCCCAGGAGACCCCCUGCAUCCACCCCUCCCUCCUCCGCCACCCCCUCACUCUCCCCCAUCGCGCUCCACUCGCAGGUCUCCCCUUCCACCUCCGCCUCCUCCUCUGCUGCGCCUUCCGUCCCCCAGCUGAAGCCUGUCGAGCGAACUCUGUCCACUGAUCUCACACCGUCCAUGUACCUCCGUGUUGCUACCCUUGAUCGCAUUCCUCGGGGCUCUGCUGCUGCUGCUGCUGCCGCUGCUAAUCAUGGCGCUGCUUCUGGCUCUGGUGGCGGCGGUGCUGGUGGUGGCGGUGCUGCUGCUGCUGGUAGCAGGAGCAGUGUUGCUGCUGCAGCGGCUGCUGCAACAGCUGAGGCGUUUCCCCAGUUUGUGCGCACGGCAACGCUUGACAAUGCAACGCUGGGCAGGGCAAAGGUUAUAGAGCCAGACAUGGGGUUUGGGGGAGGGGGAGGAGGCUUGGGAGGAGGCUUGGGAGGAGGGACUGUAGGCGGUAUUGGCACUGGUACUAGUGGUGGUGGUGGUGGUGGCGGUGGCGGCAGUGCUGCGCUAUUUGGUGCGGGGGCAGGGGGAGGGGGGUUGAGAGCAGGAGGGGGCGUGGUGGUGAGUCGAGGGGUGGUGGGGCCGCGAAGGAUGCGCAUGGAGCAUUCUCGAUCCACGGACUUUGACUUUCAGCACAGGAUGGCUGGAACAGGAAUAGCGGGUAGAGACAAGGGCUUCGACCUUGAUGCCACUAGUGCUGCUGGUGCUGGUGGUGGUGUGAAUGUGAAAGUAGGGCGGACAGGCAGUGGGGUUGCAGUGGGAGGGGGUGGAGGGGGAGGAGGAGGAGGAGGAGGAGGAGGGGGGUCAUCUGCAGGAGCAGGAACAGCAGGAAGCGGGGGUAACAGCAGUGGUGGUGGUGGAGGAGGAGGAGGAGGGGGAGGGGGAGGGGGAGGAGGAGUAGGAGGAGGAGGUGGGUUAUCAUGUUUGUCCCGCACGUCAUCCAUGGAACUGCCUCCUAGCGCCACAGCCACCAGCAGCAGCAGCAGCAGCAGCAGGCGCAAGGGGCUGACAUCUGCAUCCCCCCUCACGCCUCUGCCGCAAGCACGCUUCCGCUCUGCUGGCUCCUCGCCUCUGGAGUUCCCUGACCUCGACAUCCGCCGCAUCAGCCCCCAGGGCCUGCCCCGCCCCUCCUCCCACUCCUCUCACAUGUCCUCUGCAGCUGCUGCUGUGGCUGGUGGUGGUGGUGGUGGUUCAGGGUCUAGAGAUUUGGAUCACUUUGGGUUUGCUCCUACUGGUGGGAUCGGUGGAGGGGAAGGGGUUUCAGGGGGGGGAGGAGGAGGAGUAGGAGUAGGAGGAGGGGGAGGAGGUGGUGGAGGCGGGGGUAUGGGGGGCCUGGUCUUGCUGCGCAGUACCAGUGAUGGGCAUGAGCUGACCGGGGGUCUGGGAGGAGCAACAGCAGUAGCAGGAGCAGGCACGGGAUUUUAUGAUGACUUAUCUCAGUACUCUGCUGAAGGAGCAGCAGCAGCAGACGGGCCAGCAGACAUGUGUGCGGUGUCGCCGCUGCCCCCUCUCCCCGGCGCCCGCCCAGGUCUUGUACCCCGGCGCCGCAGGAACUUCCCAGACGACGACACGCGCGCUCAGGGCAGCGACGAGGAAAACACACCCGGUGGUAACAGUGGUGGGAGUGGCGCUGGUGGUGGCAGUGGCGGUGGUGGUGGUGGUGGGAGUGGCGGGCAUGCCAUGAGGAGGAGUGGGUCUGUCGGUGGCACACCGCAGGCUUUCUUUCGCCGAGGCAACUCCUCCGAUGCCCUUGUGCAGAUCGGGAGAAGCGGCAGCGGGGGAGGAGGGGGAGGGGGAGGGGGAGGGGGAGGGGGAGGGGUGGGUGGGGGAGUGUUGGGAGGGGGAGCAAGUGGUGGAAAUGGCAUGCAGCAGCAGCAGCAGCAUCUGGGAGUGUACCCUGUUUCCGUUUCUAACAGUGGCAGUGGUGGUGGUGUGAGUGGUGGUGGCGGUGGCGGCGGUGGUGGGUUGAGUGCGUUAUCUCGCACCAGGUCCAUCGACACGGCCCUCCUUGCGUCCCAGAACCACCUGCAUGUGAGAGGAGGGUCCAUGGAACGGGGAGGCAUGAUGGGGGGGAGUAUGGGCGGAGGGCGGGGAGUGGGCGGUGCUGGUGGAGGGGUGCGUGCAGGGUAGGGAGGGAUGGCGAGACAGAAAGGGGUGGAGGGAGAAGACUUUUGAGGCGACUCAGAAGUCAUCUUGGUGUAGGUGGAGGGGUGCGUGCAGGGUAGGGAGGGAUGACGAGAGGAGACGGGUGGGAAGAGGGGAGGGGAGGGGUGGGAAGGACUUUUGGAUCUGCCUUACUCAGUCCACACAAGUAACCUAACUGACAGUGACAAUGCCGCAAGGGUGCCGCAGCAGCAGCAGCAGCAGCAGCAGCAGCAGCAGCAGCAGCAGCAGCAGCAGCAGCAGCAGCGGCGGCGGCGGCAGCAGCAAGCCCCACCACCAGCGGUAGUUGUCACACCUUACUAUUUUGACUGUCUUCGAACUUGUGCCGAGUGUUUCAACACACCAGGUUCUUCUGAUCUGAUCCGAGGACUGCAGUUCUGUCGGUUCCAGCUGAGCCUUGCAGCUGUCGAAUGGGUGCAUGCAUGCGUGACAUGUGAUGAGAUUUACUUGAUGCUUACAGCACUGUGCCGGUGCGAGUGUGGUACCGGUAGUCUUUUUGGGAUCUCACAGACUGCCUGAAUGACUGUAAUGGUGAAUUUGGAUGGGUGAGAUGGGGUGGGGGGGAGUGGUAGGGUGAUGCCUAGUACGGAUGGGUGAUUACAUUACAUGUGGUGGCUAAUGAAUGACUGUUAACAGAUUGGCUGGGUGGGAGAGCUUUUUGCUGGCUUGACCAAUGACCAUACUGAUACUCUUCCAUCGUAUGCAUUAAAUUCGUUGGAAAUAU